AUGGAACACGCCACAAAACUCUUAUGGGUGUUCGUUCUGUGCGUGGCUGCAAUGGCACACCAGGCUGCUGCACAGGAUCUAUUAAGAGGAAUGAGUCUAAUCAACAAGGCAUGCACAAUCGACCCAAACAGAGAACUCUGCUUUCAGGUUCUCCAAUCCGACCCACUCACAAGCCCUACCGCAAACCUUAAAGAGUUGGCAAUCAUUGCCCUGAGGGUUGCUGCCAAAAACGCUUCCGGCAUCCUCACCGAGGCCAAAACGCUUAUCAACGACGACAACCUCGACCCUGAUGUCCAACAAGGUUUGGCCGACUGCAAAGAGAACAUCUUGGACGCAGAGAGCCAGCUGGAAGACACCAUUGCUGCCUUGUAUAUCGAGUCCCACGGCACUGAAGUACAGGUUUGGCUCAAAGCUGCCUUGGCUGCAAUCGACACCUGCGACGCCUCUAUCCCCGGAGACGACGACAUUCUCUCCGUUCAGAGCGCCGUCUUCCGCAAGCUCUGCAACAUUGCCAUCUCCCUCAUCACGCUCAUCGAUAAUCCAAUCAAACUAGUCUAA